GACUAUGCGUUGAAAAGACGCCACCGUCUGCUGUGACACCUCCCCCACCAUUUCUUAAGUCUUAAGACCCGCCCUGCUUCCCUUCUUUCCCUUGCACCGCCCCAACCAAGCAACACCGCCUCCGCCCCCUACCCUCCCUCACUACUGUCGCCUCGGCGGCAAUGGAUCCAGACGCGGUCGCCAAGGCCUUCGUUGAGCAUUACUAUUCCACUUUCGACACCAACCGUCCGGGCCUUGCCAACCUCUACCAGGAUUCAUCUAUGCUCUCAUUCGAGGGCCUCAAAAUCCAGGGAUCCCAAAGUAUUUCUGCAAAGCUCACCAGUUUGCCGUUUCAGCAGUGCCAGCAUGCCAUCACCACCGUCGAUUGCCAGCCCUCCGGUCCUGCUGGCGGAAUGCUUGUCUUUGUUUCUGGUAAUCUUCAGCUUGCUGGCGAGCAGCAUCCCCUCAAGUUUAGCCAGAUGUUCCAUCUAAUGCCAACGCCUCAGGGCAGCUUUUACGUGUUGAACGACAUCUUCCGGCUCAACUAUGCAUGAAGAAUGUAUUGCUCCAAGGUGGUGUUGCUGUUGUUCCAAAUGUUUGUUUUUGGUGUACGUUUAAGACAAUUCCUUAGAUAUGAAUACCAAAGAUUGCUUUGCCAUUGGACACAUUUGUUUGUCUCUCUUUCGCUUGUGCUUUAUUUAUUAACAUCUACGUCAUGAUGAGUGAAUUUAA